AGGUGUAGUACGGUGCACUGAGCUUGGCUGGAGCAUGCUGCCAGGGUUCAUUUCAUUCUCCAUCAUCAGAAUAAAUUGGCUAGACCUGCUAGCAAAGCAUCAGAAGUAUCAGAAGUUUUUUCUUUGUGUGGUGACUGGAGUCUGCCAUGGCCGUGCUGCGACGAGCUUCGGUGGCACUCCGGUUGCUGUUCGUGGCUGCAGCGAUCCGGUUGCUGUUUGUCGCUAUGGUGAGCAGCACCGUCGUCUCAAGGCCAAUGGUUCCGGCGAUCUUUGUGUUUGGCGACUCCACUGCCGAUGUGGGAAACAACAACAACUUGCCAGGGAGCAGCGCCAGGGCCGACUUCCCUCACAACGGGAUCGACUUCCCUGGCGGCGAGCCGACGGGCAGGUUCAGCAAUGGGUUCAUUGGCGCCGACUUCUUGGGUGAGCAAUCCAACUGAUCAUACGUUCUGAAUCAAUGGCAGCUUGGCUCUCUGUCUGAUCAAUGGUGAAAUUUGCAGCUGUCCACAUGGGCUUCAGCGGGAGCCCGCCACCAUAUCUCUCUCUCGUCGCCGCUAACAGCAGUGGCGGCGAGGGGUUGGGAAACACUACCAAGAAGCCGGUGGCUGCUGCUGCCUUCAUGAGAGGAGCCAGCUUUGCUUCUGGAGGCUCCGGUGUUCUUGAUUCCACAGGAGAUACGAUCAACAUGACGAAGCAGAUCGAGUACUUCUCGGAUCUCAAAGACCAGAUGCUGACAGCCAGAUUGGGUGCCUUCGGAGCGUCCGCCUUUCUGUCCAAGUCCAUCUUCCUCAUCAGCGCGGGCUCCAACGACGCCAUCGACUUCUUCUCGCAGGACACGUCGCCGGACUCCACCGCGCUCCAGCAGUUCCGGGAAGCCGUCGUCUCCACGUACGACAGCCACGUCAAAACGCUGUACAACCUUGGCGCGAGGAAGUUCGCGGUGAUCGACGUGGCGCCGCUCGGGUGCUGCCCGUACUGGAGGAGCCGGAACCCGGCCGGGGAGUGCGUGGAGCCGCUGAACCGGCUAGCGAAGAGCCUCAACGACGGGCUCCAAGACCUGUUCGCCGGCCUCAGCUCCGAAAUGCAUGGCAUGGAGUACGCCAUUGGCAGCUCCUACGAGCUCGUCUCCAGCAUCGUCCAAGACCCACAGUCUGCAGGGCUGACGGAGUUGAAGAGCGCGUGCUGUGGUGGCGGCGGCAGGUUCAACGCCGAUGGAGGGUGCACCCCCAGCGCGAGCUACUGCGGCGACCGCGGCAAGUUCCUCUUCUGGGACUUCCUGCACCCUACCCAGGCCACCUCCAGGCUCGCCGGCCGAGCGUUCUACGACGGGCCGGCGCGGUUCGUCGGCCCGAUCACCUUCAGGGAGCUGGCCGAGGCGUAGUGUCGCAGCACUGGAAAUAGCAAUGCAUCUUUGUAUCGUUCCACGACAUAUAAGAGAGCCUCAAAUUAAUGUGGUUUUGUGUUUUGGGGCAGCUGCGACCGAUCCAAGUCAGUCUUUAGUCUUUGCCGUGCGUUGCGGCGAUAGUCUAACAACUGGCGCCUAUAGUCCGAAUACUCUGGUACACACUGACAAUCUAAAUUAUUAUCCAAAAUCUCUUCAAUUUACGAGCUGA